AUGUCAAUGGCAACCACGCCUUCUCUAACUGGUCCUUUGUCAAACGCGGUCGGACUUGGUGACUGGAGAAACCAUGCCCCUUUGUCAACUUCUUUCCGUAAACUAAGCUCCAGCUCAAAUAUAGUUGACAUGAAAAUAUUAUCUCGGUGUGGUUGUCAGAAAGUUGGACAUGGCCGAAGAUGUUUCCGAUUAUAUGCCUUAUUUGGAGGGAAGAAAGACAAUAAUGGAAAAAGUGAUGAUACUCCUUCUAAGGCAGGAAUUCUUGGAAACAUGCAAAAUCUAUACGAGACUGUAAAGAAGGCACAAAUGGUUGUCCAAGUUGAAGCAGUGCGGGUGCAGAAAGAACUUGCAGCAGCAGAGUUUGAUGGUUAUUGUGAGGGUGAAUUAGUAAAGGUAACGCUGUCGGGGAACCAGCAACCUGUAAGAACUGAAAUUACUGAAGCAGCUAUGGAAUUGGGACCUGAAAAGCUUUCUCUAUUAAUCACUGAGGCAUACAAGGAUGCACACCAGAAGAGUGUCCUGGCCAUGAAGGAAAGGAUGAAUGAUCUUGCACAGAGCUUAGGAAUGCCACCAGGUCUUAGCGAAGGAUUGAAGUGA